GCUGAUGUCACAAACAUGGUGGCGGCUUGAGGUCCGGCAGCGGCAGCAGCGACAACAACACGGCCGCCUCCUCCUGGACCAAGGCAACAACCCACCCCCCUCACCCUCUCCCUCUCCCUCACCGGGCCGCGGCCCACACCCUCACCCCGCUCUCAAUGUCGGACAACCAGAGCUGGAAUUCCUCCUCCUCCGAGGAGCUGGACACCGAGUCGGGGCCGCCUGUUGAGCUGUGCGGGAUACUGAGCAAGUGGACCAACUAUAUCCAUGGCUGGCAGGACCGAUGGGUGGUUUUAAAAGCCAAUACCCUAAGUUACUACAAAUCUGAGGAUGAAACGGAAUAUGGUUGUAGGGGUUCAAUCUGUCUGAGCAAGGCCGUCAUUACUCCCCAUGAAUUUGAUGAAUGUCGCUUUGAUAUCAGUGUGAAUGAUAGUGUGUGGUACCUGCGUGCUCAAGACCCAGAACAUCGACAGCAGUGGAUAGAGGCUAUCGAGCAACACAAGGCAGAAUCUGGCUAUGGAUCAGAAUCAAGUCUACGACGUCAUGGUUCCAUGUUGUCUCUCACAUCUGCCGCAAGUGGAUAUUCUGCUACAUCCACCUCAUCCUUUAAGACUUCCAUUGGGCCAGUCCAAGAUCUCAACCUUCAGAAAGGUCAUAGUUUGCGUGAAAAGCUUGCUGAAAUGGAAACCUUCCGUGAUAUCCUAUGCAGACAGGUUGAUACACUACAAAAGUUCUUCGAUGCUUGUGCAGAUGCUGUUUCUAAAGAUGAACUCCAGAGAGAUAAAGUAGUGGAAGACGAUGAAGAUGCUUUUCCAACUACACGAUCGGAUGGUGAUUUUAUACAUAAUAACGGCAGCAAAGAGAAAUUGUUUCCAUGUGUGACGCCCAAAGGGAUCAAUGGAUUAGAUUUCAAGGGUGAGGCUAUCACUUUUAAAGCUACUACGGCUGGAAUACUGGCCACGCUUUCUCAUUGCAUUGAACUAAUGGUGAAACGAGAAGACAGCUGGCAGAAAAGAAUUGAUAAGGAGAUUGAAAAGAGAAGACGGGUAGAAGAUGCUUACAAGAACGCUAUGUCAGAACUUAAGAAAAAAUGUCACUUUGGUGGACCUGAUUAUGAGGAAGGUCCAAACAGUUUGAUAAAUGAAGAGGAAUUCUUUGAUGCUGUUGAAGCUGCUCUUGACAGACAAGAUAAAAUUGAAGAACAGUCCCAUACAGAGAAGUCAAGAAUUCAUUGGUCAGCUGCUGUGCCUUUCGGUGACUCCUUCUCCACAGUUGGAACCCACAGAUUUGCCAAACAGCCCUUUAGUCGCUCUUCCUCCAUGUCUUCCAUUGAUCUAGUCAGUGCCUCAGAUGAUCACAGAUUCAGCACCCAGGUUGAAGAGAUGGUACAGAAUCACAUGCAGUACUCUCUGCAGGAUGUAGGUGGCGAUGCUAACUGGCAAUUGGUGGUGGAAGAGGGAGAAAUGAAGGUGUACAGGAGAGAAGUAGAAGAGAAUGGGAUUGUCUUGGAUCCUCUCAAAGCGACUCAUUCUGUCAAAGGUGUUACAGGUCAUGAAGUCUGUCAUUAUUUCUGGAAUGUUGAUGUUCGCAAUGACUGGGAAACAACCAUUGAAAACUUCCACGUAAUAGAAGUUCUAUCAGAUAAUGCAAUCAUCGUUUACCAGACCCACAAGAGGGUUUGGCCGGCUUCUCAAAGGGAUGUGCUUUAUUUGUCUGCAAUUCGAAAGGUUCCUGCGACAAAUGAGAAUGAUCCAGAUACGUGGCUUGUCUGUAACUUUUCUGUCGAACAUGACAAUGCUCCUCAGAAUAAUAGAUGCGUACGUGCCAAAAUAAACAUUGCCAUGAUAUGCCAGACAUUAGUAAGCCCUCCAGAAGGUGACCAGGCUAUCAGUCGAGACAACAUCCUGUGCAAGAUUACAUAUGUAGCCAAUGUAAACCCUGGAGGAUGGGCACCAGCCUCCGUACUCCGCGCUGUCGCAAAGCGUGAAUAUCCCAAAUUCCUAAAGCGUUUUACGUCGUAUGUGCAGGAGAAGACUUCGGGCAAAGACAUUCUUUUCUAAUAUCCAGAGUGUUCAGCAUGAAUGUGCUGUUGUUCCAACCAUGGUUUCUCUGGUGAUCAACAAAUAGACGGAAAGGUGCCCUCCUGCGCUCGAGGAAUACUCGACUCCACAAAACUGGCACAAUGAAUUUCCAACGCCUUUUCAUCUCGCAAGGCCAGUCCUGGUUGUCAGCCUGCACCCAGCUGCUGUCGGCUGCUACAUUACAUCUGUGGCCGAUUGUUCAACACUGUCCGUGCUCUGUUUCAUUUUGAUGCAUCAGUGUGUAGUUCAUUUGUAUGUGCAACUCAUACAGCUGUUUACAAUUCGACCCGGCAUUUUUUUAUUUUAUUUUUUAUUUUUACAGAAGCAAUCACACUUUGGAUCAAACACAAUGGGUUGAUGGCUUUAAUUGUUUAAAAGAAAAAGCAUGCAUGUUAAUGUAGGCCUGCAUAAUCAUGGCCAAAGUUUCAACAUUUUUUUGCAGGAAACAGCCUAAUUUGUGUUUCUAAAUUUCACAAAUGUUAACCAUCUUUGGGGUCUACAAUGGGAUGUAUUUUCUUUAAGUCUUACUCAAGUCUUGUUAAUCAACAAUCUAUAAUCACUGAACUCAUCACAUUCUUUUAUUGGUCAUCUCUAACACCAGUAAGUUUUUUUUUUCCUUUGAGACUAAUCUCUUAUAAAACAGUUCAGGGCUGUCUCUGCCCAUUGACCUCUGGCAUUUGCCCCUUCUUUCUUACGAUCUCCUAUGAAGAACAUGCAGUUUUGAUGGAGAUUUUGAAAAGCUUUAUUUCCGUUUUGUUUACAAACUUUCUACUGCAUUUUUUAGUUUGUAUUUUUGUUACAAAUAUUUUUGUGUUGUAAAUGAUAGUUCUGAGUUCUUUAAGAUGGUGGCAUGGGCUGAAAAGGGGAUAACAAUACUUGAUACCGUCAAACAAGGAUUUUUUCCAUUUUGAAAUAGAUUGAUGUUCUAGUUAUGACCAGUGAAGACAUAUCAUUAAAUAAUAAAAUGACUGUUUUAAGCAAUAUUGGUGCAGGGGGAUGUAUUUUUGUGAAUAGUAUAUGCUGGCUAAAUAUAGUUGAUAGGCAAAGCCCAUUGCAUAAAUCUUGAAUGCACCACUAUCAAAACGUGCACAUCUUCCUGUUCACUAACACAACUGCAGAAUCUGCUCUGAAUUCAAUUAUUCGAUCAGCAGAAACAGCCAGCUAUAUUUCAAGAUUGGAUGGGCAUGCUCUCCAAAUGCAUAGCUACAUGGAAUAGACAUAUCUGAAGAACUUUAGUUACCAUGAAAUUCUGGCAGUGAGAUGAUUUUUCUUCCUGUUGAUUUCACCACUGCCUGGUGCUGUGUUUAACUGCAUGCAGCUAAGAUAUUUUACUAUGUUUUCAUGGCUACUGGGUUAUAGGAAUAUUUGGUCUUGAGUUGAGCACAUAGCACAAUAUUUCCCUCUUAUUUUGCAACAAAUAAACUUGACUUUUUUGUAAUGUUUAAAAUCUAAACCUGUAGCGGAAACUUUUCUAUGGUUGAAUAACUGUUGUAUGUGACCAGCAUACCGUGCUUGCUUUUUGCGGCCCUUUACUCAGUACAUUGUAUCUAUUACAAACACCUGCAAUUGUAAAAGUGCCUAAAUUAGAAUGUUAAUAGACUGUCUUAAAAGGUUCUAAGAUCAACCUGUUCAGUUACGGAUACCAUGUAUUGAGAAUUGAUUUAGAACAUUUUAUAUUUAGUUGUACCUAAACUUGCAGGCAAUAACUAAAACCAAUCGAACUGUUUAAAAAUAAUAUGCUGAUUAAUCCCAUCUUUCAGCUGACUUUCAUAUUUGCAUUUUUAAAUGUUUGUGUAAAUAGCUGUAAAUCAACAAGAAGAAAUAACUGCUUGAGUGAAUACAGAGGUUUCUUUCUAUUGGAGAAAAUAUCUCUUGCUAGAGUACAAGUAAAAUGCAGAUCUCCAGAUAUGGUUCAUUUUGGCAUUGAAUCAAGUUACAGCUGAUGUUAGUCAGAGGCAAUGUAUUAUAGAAGAUAUGUUUUGCACUUCCUUCAAUACAAAUUACACUUUGGGUCAGACUACACAAAUAUGUUUUUCAGUGCUUCCCACUAGAUUUUUUUUUCUCCUUCCCAUACCUCUGCCACUUUGUCCAAAUGGCCAGCUUAGAUUCUGUUCACUGCAUUUAUGCAGGUCGUAAUCUUUAAUCGCACGCAAGCAUAAUUGUUCUUUUGAACCAAAGCAAUUCCCCAAUACAGUCUUAUGCCAUGUUAAUAUCCCAAAUAGUGCAUAUUGUAAAUUGGAAGUGUAGGGUUGGCGUAGCAAUACAUGCUUAAAUGCUGAUGUUAACAUGUGGUUUUGGAGCUCUUCAAUGUUUCCUGCUCAACCCAAAGGUGCAUUGUUGGGUGGUGUGCAGUAAGCGGCUUUGUAGGAACAUAUAUAACGGCACCCAAACUCUGAAGCUAAAUAAUAAUGGCAACACUAAGGGAUCAAGUACUUCAGAAUGUUUCAAUCAAUGGAUAUUUGUGUUUUGGGAAGUGGUCAUACCUAAGAUAGCUGUUGGACUUUAUUCAAAAAUGGUAUUUGGGUCCACUGUUGUUGUAAUGAGUUAUAUUUUAAUUUCUCUGUUGCUUGGGAGUAGGUUCUUCACACUUGGCAAACGUGGGCCAUCGUUUCGCAAAGUAAUUUUUAUCCAUCUUUAAGAUAGCAAUAUGGGAAUUGAUGUCAAUUGCACAAAUGAACCAUGCACUGGAUAUGAAGAAAACAAAGUGUAACAGUUUACAGAACCAGAUGUUGAAAAAGCCACUAUUAGUUUUGGGCAUGUAUUGGAACCCCUUGCAUUCAACACAACACAACAAAACAGAUUUUUAUUUUCCAUAGGUUUUCUUGGGAACUUUGGGUGCCAGGAAGAGUAUCUUUUUGACUGAAUAUCCCAAAUGAAAACUAUUAAAUAUCUGACUAACUUAUCAAUGGGAGCUUUAGCAACCGUGCGGGUUUAAAAACCUGUAGCCUGCUUAAUUAAGCUAACUUUUAAGAAAAUUGGAAAGUUUACGUGUAUAGAACUUGAUAUUGUUAGUCGGAUUUGCACUAAAUGUGAUAUAAUUUUGAAAUUCUGGUAUAAAGUGAUUACACUAAAGAGAUGGUUGUAAAGUAUUGAAACUUUGGAAUGUAAAACGGCUCAUUUGCAGGUUUAAGUAUGGACCUAUUUCAAAAUAUAUUGUGUGUAGAACGUGCUGAGAGAUUUGUUUUUAUGAAAGCUUUAUAUCCUGAUUUAGCUUUGUGUACAAUAAAACACUGGUUAAUGUCUGUGAUAUUGAACUGUCAAACAGUUUUUUCAAUCAGCAAUGUGUAAAGAUCAGUUUAUAAACUUUAGUUCCUCCAUGUUAUUACAAAUUAAAAUCCAGUAUUUAAAAAGUGAAAAGUAUUAAAACAUUAUAGAAGAU